AUGCAUUACUCUUUACUAAUUUUCUUUUGUAUUGGUAUAAUGAAUGGACAAUCGUCGCCAUUGCUCAAUGCUACUGAUUAUAAUAAAAAUAUUAAAGUGACAACACAAUCUAGUGUUGAAGAAUAUUUUACAGAUGAACCACUUCAACUUCCUAGCACUGGUUCGAAUGUAGAUGAGCAAACAGCUGAUCUUCUCUAUGCCGAUUCAAACACUUUACCAACUAGUGAUAUGAAAAAUCAACAAAAUUUACUGUAUGCCAAUGGUAAUGUACCUCAAUUCGAAGCAAAUCGGAAUGACGUUCAAAAAGAUAACAUACCAUCGUCCGAUUCAUGGAAUGCCGGUGAUUUUUAUCAAGAUCUUAAUAAAAUAAGACAAAAUGUUUAUCAGAAAUAUAGUGAGGAUGCAAAAAAUUAA